UCAGCUCUUGGGCUAGAAUAUCUAUGGGUCGAAACGUGAUGCGAUGAAUCCGAGAGAGACCGAAACUGGGACGAGGAGUGCGGCGGAAGCGGCGGGACUCCUGGGCAUGGGGGCUUUACCACAAUAGAGGCAGCAUCCCCACCCGCCCCCGCCAGCCCCUCUGGAGCAAAUCCCCCAAACCCCCUCGGGAAAAGGAUGGCGGCGGCACCUACCCAGAUCGAAGCCGAGCUGUAUUACCUGAUCGCUAGAUUCUUGCAGUCCGGACCCUGCAACAAAUCCGCUCAGGUGCUAGUGCAGGAGCUCGAGGAGCAUCAGCUUAUUCCGCGCCGCUUAGACUGGGAGGGGAGAGAGCACCGAAGAAGCUUCGAGGAUCUGGUGGCAGCCAAUGCACACAUUCCUCCAGACUACCUCCUUAAAAUUUGUGAGCGGAUUGGUCCCUUACUAGAUAAGGAGAUCCCUCAGAGUGUUCCUGGGGUACAGACAUUACUAGGUGUUGGUCGGCAGUCUCUGUUACGGGAUGCCAAAGACUGUAAGAGUACACUAUGGAAUGGCUCUGCUUUUGCAGCUCUACAUAGAGGCAGACCUCCAGAACUACCUGUAAAUUAUGUGAAACCUCCAAAUGUGGUGAAUAUCACCUCUGCCAGGCAAUUAACCGGAUGUAGUCGCUUCAGCCAUAUUUUCCCUUCAUCUGCUUACCAGCACAUUAAGAUGCAUAAGAGAAUUCUGGGACACUUGUCAUCUGUCUACUGUGUAGCAUUUGACCGAAGUGGGAGAAGAAUUUUUACAGGUUCAGAUGACUGUUUGGUGAAAAUUUGGGCAACAGAUGACGGUCGCCUUCUUGCUACACUUCGAGGGCACUCUGCUGAAAUUUCUGACAUGGCUGUUAACUAUGAAAACACUCUCAUUGCCGCAGGCAGCUGUGAUAAAGUUGUAAGAGUGUGGUGUCUUCGAACUUGUGCACCAGUUGCAGUCCUUCAGGGACAUUCAGCUUCUAUUACUUCCAUACAGUUUUGUCCAUCAACUAAAGGCACAACCAGAUACCUCACUUCUACUGGUGCUGAUGGAACUAUCUGUUUCUGGCAAUGGCAUGUAAAAACAAUGAAGUUUAAAGAUCGUCCAGUGAAAUUUACUGAGAGAUCUAGACCUGGAGUUCAGAUAUCUUGUUCAUCUUUCAGUUCUGGUGGUAUGUUCAUUACAACAGGUAGCACUGACCAUGUGAUUAGAAUAUAUUAUUUGGGUUCUGAGAUCCCUGAGAAAAUUGCUGAAUUAGAGUCACAUACGGACAAGGUUGUUGCUGUUCAGUUCUGUAACAAUGGAGACAGUUUAAGAUUUGUUAGUGGAAGUAGAGAUGGAACGGCAAGAAUUUGGCAAUAUCAGCAACAAGAGUGGAAGAGUAUAGUGCUAGAUAUGGCUACUAAAAUGACUGGGAAUAAUUUGCCAUCUGGAGAAGACAAGGUCACUAAACUUAAGGUGACUAUGGUGGCCUGGGAUCGCUAUGAUACCACAGUUAUUACUGCAGUGAACAAUUUCCUUUUGAAAGUAUGGAAUUCUAUCACAGGCCAACUUCUUCAUACUUUAUCCGGACAUGAUGAUGAAGUAUUUGUUUUGGAAGCACAUCCAUUUGAUCAAAAGAUCAUACUUUCGGCAGGUCAUGAUGGGAACAUUUUUAUUUGGGACCUUGACCGGGGGACCAAAAUUCGGAAUUAUUUUAACAUGAUUGAAGGUCAAGGCCAUGGUGCAGUGUUUGACUGUAAAUUUUCACCAGAUGGAAACCAUUUUGCCUGCACUGAUUCUCAUGGGCAUUUGCUGCUUUUUGGAUUUGGAUGCAGUAAAUACUAUGAAAAGAUUCCAGAUCAGAUGUUCUUCCAUACGGAUUAUCGACCUCUUAUCCGUGAUGCCAACAACUAUGUAUUGGAUGAACAAACCCAACAAGCUCCUCAUCUCAUGCCUCCCCCAUUCUUGGUGGAUGUUGAUGGAAAUCCUCAUCCCACAAAAUUCCAAAGGCUAGUACCAGGACGGGAAAAUUGUAAAGAUGAACAGCUUAUACCACAGCUGGGAUAUGUGGCUAAUGGUGAUGGUGAAGUAGUAGAACAGGUAAUUGGGCAACAAACCAAUGACCAAGAUGAGAGCAUUCUUGAUGGAAUAAUCAGGGAGUUACAAAGAGAACAAGAUCUGAGGCUAAUUAAUGAAGGAGAUGUUCCACAUUUUCCAAUUAAUAGGUCAUAUUCUGCUAAUGGUGCUCUGAGAAAUCCAAAUAUGGACAUAUCUUCUUCCCCAAACAUUGGACUCCGACGUAGUGGUCAAAUUGAAGGUGUCCGACAAAUGCAUAACAAUGCUCCUAGAAGCCAGAUGGCCACUGAAAGAGAUCUCAUGGCAUGGAGCAGAAGAGUGGUGGUCAAUGAACUAAAUAAUGGGGUUAGUAGGGUUCAGGAAGAAUGUCGAACUGCUAAAGGUGACAUAGAAAUCAGUCUUUAUACAGUUGAAAAGAAGAAAAAGCCAUCUUAUGCUACCCAAAGGAAUGAUUAUCCGCCUAGCUGUGGGCGGUCUUUACGAAGGACACAACGCAAACGUCAGCAUACUUACCAAACACGAUCCAACAUAGAGCAUAAUUCACAAGCAUCAUGUCAAAAUUCAGGUGUACAGGAAGACUCAGAUAGCUCCUCAGAGGAAGAUGAAACAGUUGGCACAAGUGAUGCUUCUAUAGAGGAUCCUGUUAUUGAAUGGCAAAGUGAAAGUUCCUCCAGUGAUUCAUCAAGUGAAUAUUCUGAUUGGACAGCAGAUGCUGGAAUAAAUUUGCAACCUCCAAAAAGGCAAACGAGACAGGCAACACGGAAAGUAUGCAGCAGCUCUGAGGAGGAGAAUUUGAAGUCACUUGAAGAACGGCAAAAGAAACCUAAACAGACUAGAAAGAAGAAAGGAGGACUGGUUUCUAUGGCAGGUGAGCCCAAUGAAGAAUGGUUUGCCCCUCAGUGGAUCUUGGAUACCAUACCACGACGUUCCCCGUUUGUCCCACAGAUGGGAGAUGAGCUUAUAUAUUUUAGGCAAGGACAUGAAGCUUAUGUACGGGCUGUAAGAAAAUCAAAAAUAUACAGCGUUAACCUACAAAAACAGCCAUGGAAUAAAAUGGAUCUCAGGGAACAAGAAUUUGUUAAGAUUGUAGGAAUCAAAUAUGAGGUUGGACCACCUACACUGUGCUGCUUGAAGCUCGCAUUUCUGGACCCCAUUUCAGGCAAAAUGACUGGAGAAUCUUUUUCCAUUAAGUAUCAUGACAUGCCAGAUGUCAUUGACUUCCUUGUGCUACAUCAGUUUUAUAAUGAAGCCAAAGAAAGGAACUGGCAGAUUGGUGAUAGAUUCCGCAGUAUAAUAGAUGAUGCCUGGUGGUUUGGGACCGUGGAGAGUCAGCAGCCUUUUCAACCAGAGUAUCCUGAUAGUUCUUUCCAGUGUUACAGUGUUCACUGGGACAAUAAUGAGAGAGAAAAGAUGAGUCCCUGGGAUAUGGAGCCAAUUCCAGAAGGAACUGCCUUUCCAGAUGAAGUUGGUGCUGGUGUUCCUGUGUCCCAGGAGGAAUUGACUGCUUUGCUAUACAAACCUCAGGAAGGAGAGUGGGGGGCUCAUUCCAGAGAUGAGGAAUGUGAACGAGUUAUUCAGGGCAUCAACCACCUUCUUUCCCUGGAUUUUGCCAGCCCUUUUGCUGUUCCAGUGGAUCUCAGUGCCUAUCCCUUGUAUUGUACUGUAGUUGCUUAUCCAACUGACCUCAACACCAUCAGGCGGAGACUUGAAAAUCGCUUUUACAGGAGAAUAUCAGCAUUAAUGUGGGAAGUACGCUACAUUGAGCAUAAUGCUAGGACUUUCAAUGAGCCAGACAGUCCUAUAGUUAAAGCAGCCAAAAUUGUAACUGAUGUCUUACUUCGAUUUAUUGGGGAUCAGAGCUGUACUGAUAUACUGGAUACUUAUAAUAAAAUUAAAGCAGAAGAACUAAACAGUACUGAUGCAGAGGAGGAUACAGAAAUGGUUGACUUAGAUUCAGAUGGUCCUGGUACUUCAUCUGGAAGAAGGGUCAAAUGCCGAGGCAGAAGACUGUCUUUAAAGUGUAAUCCUGAUGCUUGGAGAAAACAGUGCACAGAACUGUUGGGCCUCAUUUAUGAACGUGAAGACUCAGAGCCAUUUCGACAGCCAUCUGAUCCUCUUUCCUACCCAGGCCAUCAAGAGCAAGAGGGCGAAUCCUCUGAGUCAGUUAUUCCAGAACGACAACAAGAUCUGUCUCUUUGUGAGGAUUGUCAUGUUAUAGACACUCCUAUGGACUUCAGCACUGUGAAAGAAACUUUGGAAGCAGGAAACUAUGGUAGUCCUCUGGAAUUUUAUAAGGAUGUUCGCCAAAUAUUCAGCAACUCCAAAGCUUAUACCUCUAAUAAAAAGUCAAGGAUCUAUAGCAUGACAUUGCGAUUAUCUGCCUUAUUUGAAAGUCAUAUUAAAAAUAUCAUCUCUGAAUAUAAGUCAGCAAUCCAGAGUCAGAAGAGGAGAAGGCCACGGUACAGAAAACGUCUAAGAAGCAGCAGCAGUUCAUUAUCUAGUAGCAGAGCUCCUAGUCCAAAAGGGAAACAGAAACAAAUGAAGUUACAGCCUAAAAAUGACCAGAAUACCUCAGUGUCUUAUGCCAGGACUAGCUCUCCUUUCUCAUCUCCUGUUUCAGAUGCUGCUGAAGGGCUGUCACUGUAUUUACUUGAUGAUGAACUGGAUGGGCCGUUUUCUUCAUCGAGCUUCAGUGGAUAUAGCCGAAGUGGAAAUAGCCAUGACCCAGGGAAAGCCAAAUCAUUUCGAAAUAAAGUUUUGCCAAUUAAACAAGAUCACUUCCUUGAUGGACCUCUUACAAAUGGUGAUGGCAGAGAGCCCCGGGCAGGAAUCAAGAGAAAACUACUUAGUGCAUCAGAAGAAGAUGAGAGCAUGGGAAGAGAAGAGAAAGAGAAAAAAGAAACAAAAGAGAAAUCACAUUUAUCUUCCUCAGAGAGUGGAGAGUUAGGAUCCAGUUUAAGUUCUGAAAGUACCUGUGGUUCUGAUUCUGACUCUGAAUCAACUUCCAGAACAGAUCAAGAUUACGUAGAUGGAGACCAUGACUAUAGCAAAUUCAUACAAACUAGGCCUAAAAGAAAACUCAGAAAGCAAUAUGCCAAUGGAAAAAGAAACUGGAAGACGAGAGGCACGGGAGGAAGAGGCAGAUGGGGCAGAUGGGGUAGAUGGAGUAGAGGAGGCAGAGGAAGAGGAGGCAGGGGACGAGGCAGUCGAGGAAGAGGUGGAGGUGGCACGAGAGGGAGAGGGAGAGGGAGAGGAGGAAGAGGUGCUUCUAGAGGAGCCACCAGAGCCAAACGUGCACGUAUUGCAGAUGAUGAAUUUGAUACUAUGUUUUCAGGACGUUUCAGUAGACUGCCUCGAAUUAAAACAAGAAACCAAGGCAGGAGGACUGUUUUAUAUAAUGAUGAUUCUGAUAAUGACAAUUUUGUGUCCACUGAAGAUCCUCUAAAUCUUGGUACAUCCAGAUCAGGCAGAGUCCGUAAAAUGACAGAAAAAGCCAGGGUUAGCCAUCUCAUGGGAUGGAAUUAUUAACAGUUAAUAAAUUUAGAAUAAUUUAAAAAGUUUAAUGGCCUUCUACUGCAGGGAAUUUACCAGGAAAUCUACAAAGCAAGUUGUGUGGGGACUUCUGCUUCCUUUCACAUUGGUGCUUUUUCCAUUAUGCCAGUAUACAUUUGUUUCAAGACUUUUGAUCUCCACACUUCAUUUGUUCAAACAAGCCUUACUCAUUAGGCCUUAAAUUUUAAAAAAUUCUAUACACACACACACACACACACACACACACACACACACACACCACAGACACACUACAGAUUUACUACAUGAAGGGAGCAUUCAGCUUCUUAAGAGUAGCAUGACAUUUUUAUCUCAAUGGAAUAUCCCUCUUUUGCUUUUGUAUCACAGAAGUAUAGCACCUUCUUACAGAGUUUUAUAUAGUUUGUUUUUGCCAUUUUGAUUCCUGUACCAGUAAUAAUAACUUUUGCACAAUACACCAAUCCUAAAGGCAGCUAUUAAAUGUUUACAGUUUCUAUAUUGUAAGAACGAUCUGGAUUAUUUUACUCUUCCCAGGCCAAACUUUCAUGAAUUGUACUGAACUGAAGUAUAUAUUUAUACUACAGUUUUUUUGGGGGGUGGGGGGUUCUUAAUAUGCUUUUCAUUGAUUUGCUUAAUUCAUGUUAAAGGUGAGAAAGGGUUGGUGCCUUGUAAAUAUGUAGCAAAUCUUUGUGGUGUGUCCUGAUGUGUGCAUUAACUUUAUUAAAAAAGUAAUACUUGAGGUAUCAAUCUAGACAAGGUGCCAAAUGCAAAAGUUUCUUGCAUCCAUUUUCUUUUUCCUAUUAUAUUUUAUUGCAUUAAUAGAACUUGUGUAGCUUAAAAAAUAACUUAAACAUUUGAAAAAUCCUCAUCCACAAAGAAUAACUUAAUAGUAGCUCAGCUACCUCUAUUAACUACAACUACUGGAAACAUUAAGAAAAAUAGAUGCUGUUAUUCAUUACUAAGGAGAAAUAGAACAAGCUUGGUAGGAAUGAAUACUCAUAAGUUAUAAGCUGAGAGGUUGUUAAUAAUUGUAUUGGGUCUCAAAUUAAUAGUUGUAAUUAGCAAACUUUCUUUAGUACGCUCUACCUUAUUAGGCUUUUCUUAGAACAUAUUUGUAUAAGUAGACUUGAUCUACUACUUAUAUAUCUCUGCUACCACUUACUAUUUCACAGCUGUGGGUGACUAGUUUUGAAUUUUAAAAUGUAACACAGCACCUAGUUUGAGUUGGAAUGUUUUGGCUAGCUAAUAUUUUGAAUCAACUUUAAUAGGUUUCUGCUCAUACCAUUCCAAAGGGUUCUUCUGUGAUAAUCUUUCAGAAUAGAACCUGGUUGCACUGCACACUGAUAUUUUGAGUCAUUAUUUUAUAGAUUAAAAAAACUUUAAACCGUAUGGUCUUGUUUACAGCAGUAGAGUGCACAUGGUUCCAUAAGUGAGCUUGAGUUCCAAGAUCAAUUUUACUCCUCAAAUUUGAGAGAUUGCAAAUUCGCUAAUUCAUUAGAUUCUUAGAUUUUUGAGGUGAGAAGGAUAAUAUUGAUCUCUGUUUUUGUAGCAUCCGAUUUGUUGCUCAGAGAUCAGACUUGUGGGAUAAAAGAAACGUUUAAUGUAUGCUUAGUAAUCCCAGGAUAUUUCCUAAGCUAAUGUAUUUGUCUCAUGCUUUCAAUCAUUUCAUGCAUCUGAAAAUCCUUAAGUGCAGAGGAAGGAGUACACACAUAACUUUGCUUUUUUGGUUGGGUUGGGUGGGGGUUAUUCUCCGACUAACAUCUUUAAGCAGUUUUCACUUGCAGUAGAAAUGAUGUUCAGGCUUUAAGAAAGUAUUGUGAAUUAUUAAUGGAACUAACUUCUGUUACUGGACAGUAGAUCAAGCUGAUUUUUUUGUUGUUGUAGUCUACUUUUCACUAAACCAAAAUUACUUCUGGUUGUAACUCAGCUGCCACUUUUAACCAUAAUAUAGAUUCAAAAACAUUUAUGUUUAAAACUCUACAUUUGAUUUUUGCUAAAAUGUACUAUUUUAGUUAUUCAUAUCUUAGACAUUUAGACUAAAUUUGUGCCUGUGUUUUCCUGGAAUCGAUAACACUUUGGCCUACCCUAUUCAAAGUAACAUAGUUACUUAAAUUCAUGGAUAUACUCAAAUGUGUAUCAUGUGUAUCGUUUUAGUGUGAAAAAAAUUUUUUGACAUUCUUCUAUGAAGAGCCGACCUCUUGAAAUGUAGAAGAAUUGCCAUUUGUGUGAUUUAGCUAUCUCAAGCUUUAUUUAUAAUUUAUUUUGAAAAAUAAAAAUGGCACAUUUAUUUCCCAAACGUCAAGAUUUUCUAGGUUUAGAUAAUUAGAAUAAUAAGGCUGAAGACAUUUUUAAGCAUAUUUUAUAUGUAGUGAGAUACUGUGAAAAUACUAGUGAACAGCAUUUUGCUGUAAUAUUGAUUUCAGUUAUUAGGAUUUAAAGUUAGUCACCAGGGUAUGUUAGAUGAGCAUAGUUAUCAUUUAUUACAAAACAAACAGAUUGUUUUCUGUUUGCAUGCAAAUUAUUUUAAUAAGUGUGAAAAUAAAAGUUUGGAAGACAGUAUUUUUACUUUUAUAUCUGGACUCCCUCCCCCCCAUUUAUACUUUGCUUUUUUUUGUAAUACCACCUCCUGUGAAUGUGUUGUAAUUUAUAUCGCAUUGAUAUUUUAUCACUUAAAUUUUUUAGAGGUCCUUAAAACCUAAAUAAGAUCUGGGUUUAGCCAUAGCAAAGCAAGUAGGAAAUGAGCUAAGAAUUUUGAAGAAAAGUCUAAAUCUUAAAUGAAUUGCUAAGAAAAAAACAGUUACAUUUAGGCCCAUGAGACCAUAUACAUGUACAAGCCUAUUCCUAUGCUAGAUAUUAACAGUCAUUGAAUUGUAAUAUUUCUCAUGAAUGCUAAUAAUGUUUUAAUUCCCAGCUUUAAGAUCCUAGCAUGUGUAUCUGUUUAUGAAAACAGAAUUGUGUGUUUCUUCUAUGGCUUGCUGUGUGUAUCUCUUCCAGCAAUAGGAUGCUCUCCAAAACAUUCACUAGCCUAUUAAUGUAAUGACUAGAUACGUUUGUGUGUGUGCACGCGUGCGCUUACGCCCGCGUGCACACACACACACAUGCAUAGGUCUAUAUGUAGAUUUUUUUCCCCAACUUGACACGCUUUAUCUCAGACAAUAAAAAAAAGUUUGUAUGGAAGACAGCUGUUUUCACUGUCUACCAAUUUAUUGCCUCUGUUGUAAAGCGCUUAGCCUGUAUAUAUACUGCUUGAUCAUCCAUAUCAUUAUGCCUUCUAGAUAAACAAUCUAGGUUUUGUCAUGUACAUGUGUCCUAUUUUUUUUAAUCUAAUUUGCCCUUCUUUCAUGUGUUUCUGUGUCUGUUUCCCUUCCCAGAGAUCAGGCUUGUGCUGGAAUUCUUCCAUACAGCACUUUGUUUCACCCAGAGGCUAAGAAACUGAGUAAAAUUAAUAAAUCUUAUUCUGCACAACUGUGUGCUCAGAUACCUAACUCAGCCUUCCAGUACUUUGAAGUAAAUUUGAGUCAUUUAUCUUUGUUGUUGUUUUUGUUGUAAUCCUAGGUUGUCAUCAGACAAUAACAGAAUGAUUAAAAGAGAAAGAUGUGAAUGCUACUUCUAGCUUUUUGAUAAAAACUUUUUUGAGCAUUUUUCAAAAUUUAUAUGUUGUGGUAGUGAUAAAAUUAAACACCUUAUUGCUCAUAUAUCUCGGGAAUUAUUUUAUGCACAUUUACCAACUGGUACUUAUCUUUAAAGUUGGAAUUUUCUUUUUUUUUAAGCUGGAAUUUUCACAUCCACAAAAAGACUUACAUCCUGUAUAAUUUUCAGUAUACUUUGAUAUCCAGCCUUUUAAACAAUUACCAACAUUUCAAGUUCUGAAAUAAAUAGUUUACUUCUGGGGGAAGGAAUGGAACUUUCAACAUUUAAAGUUCAUUGUUUUAAAUGUUAACUCCAUCUCCAACAUCUUUGUGUUACAUGAGAGUUUAUGAAAGUUAUAUUGAAAAUAUAAUAUGCUAACAUGGUUUUUUAAGGCUUAUUUUAAAAAAUAGUGUGAAAAUAUUUUCAUGCUUUUUUGCUUUUCACCUCUCAGUAGUUUCUUUACCAAGUUUAAUUUACCAAAUUUAACAAGUUUUGAUUAAAUUCUAAUUAUGAGGUUAAAUUAUUUUCAUGGUGCUAUAUUUUGUAUAAUAUGGAUUGCCCUCAAAUUUUUUUGACAUUUAUUUCUUAUAUAGUCUUAUCCUUGAUUAUUUCCUUUUCCAUCAUUUCUCUCCUGCUUGCUUUUAUCCUCUUUUCUCUUUCUGCAAUGAAGAGUGCACCUAAUUUAGCAAACUUCAACAAGACUGGCAAUUUAUGAUUCAUUGAUGGAAGAAGUACAGUAGAAAGGCCCUGCAGUUUAGAGUUAAGGUGUGUUUGUUUAUUUAUAUGUAUGCCCAUUUGUUAUUCUUAUACCUAUCUUAAUUAAAUUUAGAAUAUGAGACUUUGACAUAAAAGCAUUGUAAGUAUUUUCUAAAAAAUAAAACUAUUGAUACAUAUUAAAAUCGCCAUUGGUAAUUGACUUUUAAAAUCACAUACAAAAAUAUUUAGAAACACAGUUGGGAAAUGUCUUUUUACAUAUAUCACCAGAUACACAUUAGGCAGUACUACAAAUGUUAAUUCUUUAAACAAUACUGUGGUGAUGGCAAUCAGUAAUUUAUUUCUUUGUCCUGUAACUUAUCAUCCUUGUCUUCUGUAAUCCCUUACAAAGUAUUAACAAAACUGUACUUUAUGUUUGUUCUUAGUACCCAUAAAUUUUAAGGUGGAAAAUCAUUCAGUUAAUAGUUGAUGUGAUAUUGUAUAUGGACAAAAUGUCCAUUAAACUAAAAUUCAGUAAAGAAAGGUAAACUAAACUGGCUUGGUUUAUAAAAUAUGUUUUAUU